AAAUUUUUAUGUCGCAACACAACACUAUCUAUUCGUUCGAAUCAACCUAUUGUAAAAAGGUUUCUUGAGUAGUUAUCGAAUUUACUUAGUAAAUAGUUACUUCUAGUAGAGAUAGUUAUUUUACGUUUCACUAAAAUAAUAUAAAAAAAUGGUUGUUAGGCAAUAUAACGAAGAACUAAAAUACUUAGAAAAAAUUAACCCACAUUGCUGGAGGAUUAAAAAAGGCUUCCAAACUAAUAUGAAUGUGGAGGGUGUCUUUUAUGUUAACAGCACUUUAGAGAAGUUGAUGUUGGACGAGUUGAGGAAUUCCUGUAGGCCUGGGAUGACUGGUGGUUUCUUACCUGGCGUGAAGCAGAUAGCUAAUGUUGCAGCUUUGCCGGGUAUUGUCGGCCGGUCUGUCGGUCUUCCUGAUGUGCACUCUGGAUAUGGAUUUGCCAUUGGAAAUAUGGCAGCCUUUGAUAUGUCUGAUUCUAAGUCUAUAGUAUCUCCUGGUGGAGUAGGAUUUGAUAUCAAUUGUGGUGUGCGUUUGCUGAGAACAAACUUACAUGAGAAGGAUGUUCAGCCCAUCAAGGAACAACUGGCUCAGAGUCUAUUUGAUCAUAUUCCAGUAGGAGUAGGCUCAAAAGGUAUAAUUCCAAUGAAUGCACGAGAUCUGGAGGAGGCAUUAGAAAUGGGCAUGGAUUGGUCUCUUCGUGAAGGGUAUGUUUGGGCUGAAGAUAAAGAACAUUGUGAGGAAUAUGGACGAAUGCUUAAUGCUGAUCCUUCCAAAGUCAGUCUUCGAGCUAAGAAAAGAGGACUACCCCAACUUGGCACAUUAGGUGCUGGAAAUCAUUAUGCAGAGAUCCAAGUAGUUGAUGAAAUAUUUGAUAAAUAUGCUGCUGGUAAAAUGGGCAUUGAAAGAGUUGGACAAGUGUGUGUUAUGAUCCAUUCAGGGAGCAGGGGAUUUGGUCAUCAGGUAGCUACUGAUGCUUUAGUGCAGAUGGAAAAGGCCAUGAAAAGAGAUAAUAUUGAAACAAAUGACAGACAGUUGGCUUGUGCUAGAAUCAAUUCAGUAGAAGGCCAAGACUACUUGAAAGCCAUGGCCGCAGCUGCCAAUUUUGCAUGGGUCAAUCGAAGUUCAAUGACUUUCCUCACUCGGCAAGCCUUUGCAAAACAGUUCAAAAUGGCACCUGACGACUUAGACAUGCAUGUCAUAUAUGAUGUAUCACAUAACAUUGCUAAAAUUGAAGAACACCUUGUUGAUGGAAAAAUAAAGACAUUGCUUGUUCAUAGAAAGGGAUCAACCAGAGCAUUUCCACCACAUCACCCUCUGAUUCCAGUUGAUUAUCAGUUGACUGGGCAGCCUGUUCUUAUUGGAGGAACUAUGGGAACAUGUAGUUAUGUCCUCACUGGGACUCAUCAGGGAAUGACAGAGACAUUUGGAUCCACAUGCCAUGGUGCUGGCCGUGCAUUGUCCCGUGCAAAAUCUAGACGAAAUCUUGAUUACAAGGAUGUUCUAACUAAACUAGAAACUUUGGGUAUAUCCAUAAGAGUGGCAUCACCAAAGUUAGUGAUGGAGGAAGCACCAGAAUCUUAUAAAAAUGUAACAGAUGUAGUAAACACAUGCCAUGCUGCUGGUAUCAGUAAGAAAACUGUGAAAUUACGACCUAUUGCAGUAAUUAAGGGAUAAAAAGUUUAUAUUUUACUAUUUAUGUAUGUUAAGAAUUUUGUUCAUAAUUUACGGAAUCUAAAGGAAAUUGUGAAGUCAAUUGUUUUUUGGCCAAAAUGUUUUUAUUUACAUUCAAGUUAACUCUUGAAUAUAUAUUCUUAAAAUAGACUACUAUACUAUAUACUUGAAAAGGCCAGAAGCUAAAGAUAAUGCACCAUGCAUUAUCGCAACCAACUUCAACAAUCUUAAUACAUAAAAUAUGUAAUUACUACUUAUUUUAUACUGGUAUCCAGCAUUUAUGCUGAAAUAAAAAUGUUAUGAUUUUAUGUAAUGUAUAAUUGAAAUUUUUAUACUCUGUGAUUUUGUGAUGAAAUUAAAUUUAAUAAUGCAAA